AUGCCUGGAGAUCCUGAAAUUUGGGAGGUCAGUGAUGAUUCCUCCACAUCGGGAACCGAUACGGAGAACGAUUCAUUUCAUUCUUUCGACAGACCUCGCAGUAACUUGAAUGCACCUUCUGUGAAAACCCAAGAAGAUGCAUUUGUGAAAUUGAAAACAAAUCUCCGGGGUCAUUUUGACAAUAUAGGUAUUGGUACUUCAUUCUCCCAUCAAGGUAUCUUUCCGAACGCACCCAAUCCAGGAAUUUUUCUUCACGGCUAUGGUACAAUUGGAUUCCCACUCACUGAGCAUGACUUCGAAAGAAUAAUGGCAGCAAGCGAUUUGAAAUCUGGCGAGUCCCCUGGAGAUACAAUUACUCCUUCUCAUGUAUAUACCAUUCCCGGCAACAAGAUAUCUACGAGAAACCCCGCUUGGACAUCAGUGGUUCAAUCGAUAGUAGAAAAGGCGAAGGUUGGGCUGGGAUUGGAGGAUAAGAGUGCUCAUGCAGAGCUGUGUGCUCUCGUGUAUCACUCACCUGGAAGUACAGCAGAGAUGAUCAACUCAGUCCGGAUACCAUCCAGACACAACUUUGGAAUAUUAGACAUCAUUCUACCAUCUGCCAGAGGAAGCGAAAAGUUCAUUCUUGAACACAAUGGGAAGAAAGUCCAAUUUCAGAACAACGGAUAUGUAUCGGUGAAGAUUACACCAUUAUCCUCAGACCAUCGCCUUAUCCUCAGGUAUGAUCUUCAGCAUACCCUACCAGGAGAGACUAGCUCUGCUACAGCUUUAGAAACUUCAUUAUCUAAUCUACAGAACAUGUUGGAACCCUGGACAGAAGACGGCAUGUUAGUUCCAGGAAACGUACUGGGAUAUGUGCUUUCAGAAGCCGACCAAUCUGAUAUUUCCCUUCACAAGCUCCACGGAAAGGAUCGUCUUAUUGUCCAUCAGCUCAAGGAAGUUUGCGCAAGAAGCAAUUUUGAGCUCUACUUGGCAACGCUACAGAAAGAAGCCAGUGGCCCAACUGAAUCUUCUGGACAUGACUAUUAUGGUUAUGAUGAAUCAGUCGACGAAAGUCACGUCAUGGUGGAAGUUGAGGAGGAAUCAUUACAUCUCACCAAGCUUGUGAAUCUCGACGGUGAGGCGCUACGUGCAGACUGUGGACUUUUUGAUGAAAAAAACCUCAUCAAUGAUGACGAUCCUUUUGACGGUGCCUGCACAGAUUCAGAGAACUACGACGAUGAAUACAUGACAAAAUAUUACGGUGCUCCUAUGGUAGUCCUCAUACCUCGAGCUUCUCGAUUCCGUUUCAUAUUAGGCGAAUUAGGUAAAUGGGACAGUGACAGAAACGAAUGUGUCCUCAAGUAUAUGGCAGAUUUGGGGGAAAUCGCUUCCGAAUCUUCUGCCGCUGACCGGGAAGAAACGAAAAAAGUAUGCGAAAUGGUACUUGCGAAAAGCGAAAGCUGUUGGCCGACUAAUGUCCUGUCGGGAUUCUCGCAUAGGGUAUAUCUCUUGGUAAUCAGCUCGAUAAUAGACCUUGAUGACAAAGUUCUUCUUGAACGCACGUUACCAACUUGCUUCUCAGGUCCUGAAUAUCAGCCGUUACUAGCUAAAUUGAGGGAGAGAAAGGGGCAUCUAUGGAUACUGGCUAGUAUUGGAGCCGAAUCAUAUAUUUCUACGAUCACAACUCUCGAUAAUCGGUGCAAAGCGAUUGAAAAUCUAUCUCAAUAUCAAGUGGAGACUGAUUGGUCUUCCAAGCAAUAUGAACUAGCAUUAUCGACAUGUGCGCAAUAUCUGAGUGUAUCCGAUGUGACACAAUUGAUUCAACUAGCAAGAGUAUUGUCUGAGAAACAGAUCAUUGAAGUUUUUCUCCCAGCCAUCGGACCGUGUCUGAAUAAGCAACAAAUGCUGUGCUCAAUCUUGACGCAUAUCUCAAGAAGUCUUUCAUUAAGCGAGCGCACACCGCAGCCACUCGAUCUAGUGUUUAAAGAAAUAUUAUCAACUAAUAUUGGUAGAUUGGACAUAUUGAAUCUCAGAGACUGGCCGGACGACAUUCCCUCAGCAGAAGGCGAGGCUGGCUACCAUGCCAGCUACCCGCUAGUUAGAACGUGGCAACAGCGGAAGUACCGGAGUACAGCCCUCGUUGUUUGUCGGGCUUACCAAAAAGAGAUGUUCCUCGAGCUCGAGCAUCUCUUCAGAGGACUUUGCGACCAAGCUCAAUCUGUGAAAUGGGCAUCUUUUAAUGAUACAUUCAUGCCAUUCCUCGAAGCUCUGGCUAAUUCCAUACGCAAUGUUAUCCCAACCGCAUUCAAGGCGCCAUUAUUCAAGCAAUUGUUUCAGACCAUUGUCAGCUCGUAUUUCAUACGUUAUCAUGCAGAAAAACCUGUCAAGCCCGUAAGAUGGACUCGCGACAUUCGAGGAUGCAACUCGAACUGCCCAGACUGCAAAUUACUAGAUGAAGUUUUAUUAGACCCUACUAGACAAAAGUACGUGUUCUAUUUAAACGAACAAAGAAGACAGCAUUUGGAAACACGACUUUCCUCAGAUGUCCAGAAUGGGCUCAUCAAGACUUCUAUUGUUAAAGAUCGUAGCCCGCAUGGUUUGGUGAUGGAAAAGACUCGCGAUGUUUUUGCCCACAAAUUACGCACUUGGUCCCUGGCAGCAAAAGAAUCAAUGCUACGUAUCGAAAUGCUGGGUGGAGACGUAAUAGAAAUCUUGUCAGAGGAGCAUUACGAAACGCCAUUAUCCGGUAUGUCAAAAGCAUCCGAUGUUAAUAUUCAGCAGGCCAAGAAUGACAUUGCUAAAAUCACAUCUAAACACCGAGCCACCUUAGAAGUCCAAAAGUCUUCUUCAUCCGAGAAUCUGACUUCCUCCAGCGGUAAUACGAUUAGUGGUAUUGGCAUGGGCGAGAAGAGAGGCUUCUCUUCAGAUGUUUCCGCCACCAGUGGAAAUCCUGUAUCUGAUGGAACACAAGCAAAGCGACUUCCAACAUGGAAUCAAUGGCGAGAGCCCACCAAGUAA